ACGCGUUCGUGACUCAUGCGCACACCUAUAGUAAUUCACUCUCUGCCAAUCGCGUAAAGGAGACAUAAGUUGCGCUUUGAAAUUUAACCGCUUGAGGACCCUCUCAAAGAGAGGGUUGGUUAGAAGCGUUAUCGCGGACAACGCCCACGGAUGUGUUAGCGUGACCCCAAAGUUACUAUUUUGGGCUGACGGAGAACACAAUAGUGCGCGGUGGGCUUUGCGUCAGGCGGCGCGCUCACUCACUCUGCGCAUUUCUGGACAGGUUCAGUCGUGAGCACGGAAACGGCACAUCAACUGUCUCAACCAGGAAUCAUUCUACGGGAGCAGUCAAACUGAUUCUUCGUGCUAUUAACACUCAUUGAGAUCUAAAUGAGCACAUCUGCAUCUGAUUCCGAUCAGUUAGGAGCACAAACCUUCAUCCUCCACACCUGCUUCAAGCCAAAAGGCAAGUUAUUGUGACCUCUGUUCUCUCCUGCUUUCCUUUAACACCUUUAAUUGUCGGGAUAACCACAAUAACGGCACAGCCAUGCCCAAAAGCAGUAAAGUGACUCAGCGCGAGCACAGUAAUGAGCCUGUCACGGAGUCUGUGGCCGACCUCCUGGCGCUGGAGGCCCCCAUGGACUACAAGAGCAGUCAGAUGAGCAUGAACAUGACAGGAGGAAGCGCUCCACCCAUAGGCAAACCCGACAUCUCUCCUGAUCUGGAGGACGGUCGCCCUGCGUGGAACAGUAAACUGCAGUACAUCCUUGCCCAGGUGGGCUUCUCUGUGGGCCUGGGUAACGUGUGGCGCUUCCCUUAUCUUUGCCAGAAGAAUGGAGGAGGUGCCUACCUUGUCCCAUACUUCAUUCUUCUUAUCCUUAUUGGCAUCCCACUCUUCUUCCUGGAGCUGGCGGUCGGCCAGAGGAUCCGUCGAGGAAGCAUCGGCGUGUGGAAUUAUGUUUGUCCUCGACUCGGUGGCAUUGGAGCGUCCAGCCUGAUGGUGUGUGGUUUUGUGGGUCUGUACUACAACGUGAUUAUCGGCUGGAGCAUCUUCUACUUCUUCCAGUCAUUUCAGUAUCCUCUACCCUGGAGCGACUGCCCCAUCAGGAGGAACGGCAGCCAAGCCAUUGUGGAGCCCGAGUGUGAGAAAAGCUCAGCAACUACGUACUUCUGGUACCGGGAGACCCUGAACAUCACCAGCACAAUCGCAGACAGCGGGGGUCUGAACUGGAGGAUGACUCUGUCACUGCUGGCUGCCUGGAUAAUUGUCUGCCUGGCUGUAAUAAAGGGCAUUCAGUCUUCUGGGAAGGUGAUGUACUUCAGCUCUCUGUUUCCAUACGUGGUCCUCUUCUGCUUCCUGGUGAGAGGACUGUUUCUUAAAGGAGCCGUAGACGGCAUCGCUCACAUGUUCACACCCAAGCUGGAGAUCAUGCUGGAGCCACAGGUAUGGCGUGAAGCAGCCACUCAGGUCUUCUUUGCUCUUGGUCUGGGUUUCGGAGGAGUCAUCGCUUUUUCCAGCUACAAUAAGAGAGACAACAACUGCCAUUUUGAUGCCGUACUGGUCUCCAUCAUCAACUUCAUGACCUCUAUACUAGCCACGCUCGUGGUGUUCGCCGUGCUGGGCUUCAAAGCCAACAUUAUGAACGAGAAAUGUGUGGUGGAGAAUGCUGAAAAGAUCCUGGGUUACUUAAACUCAAAUGUGCUGAGUCACGAUCUCAUCCCUCCUCACGUCAACUUCUCGCACCUGACCUCGUCCGACUACGCUGAGAUGUACGGCGUAAUAAAGAUCGUGAAGGAGGACAGUUUUGCGCAGCUAGGACUGGAGCAGUGUUUGCUGGAGGAUGAGCUCAAUAAGGCUGUUCAAGGCACUGGUUUGGCUUUUAUUGCCUUUACAGAGGCCAUGACCCAUUUCCCAGCUUCUCCUUUCUGGUCAGUCAUGUUUUUCUUCAUGUUGAUUAACCUGGGCUUGGGCAGCAUGAUUGGCACCAUGACUGGCAUCACCACUCCCAUUCUGGAUGCCUUCAAAAUUCGCAAAGAGUACCUUACAGUGGGCUGCUGUAUUGUGGCCUUUUUGUGCGGCCUUCUGUUCGUCCAGCGUUCAGGGAACUACUUUGUCACCAUGUUCGAUGACUAUUCUGCUGGUUUGCCCCUCACUAUUGUGGUGAUCCUGGAGAAUGUAUCUGUGGCCUGGGUCUAUGGCACCAAGAGGUUCAUGCAGGAUCUGGAGGACAUGCUGGGCUUCAGACCGUACACUGUUUACUUCUACUUGUGGAAGUAUGUGUCUCCAGUGUGUCUGAUCAUACUGAUUUCUGCCAGUGUCGUGGAGAUGGCCAUCAGCCCUCUUGGAUACAAUGCAUGGGUGCAAGACCUGGCUAUGGAGCGCUUUCAGAGUUAUCCUCCUUGGGCAAUAGUCAUGUGCUUUGCUCUAAUCGUCGUGGCCAUGCUUCCUCUCCCACUGGUCUUUAUUGCCCGCCACUUUAACUGGCUCCCAGACGGCUCCAACAAGCUGUCAGUCUCCUACCGCAAGAGCCUGGCAAAAGAGGCUUCCACCCUGGAAGACGAGACACGGUUCAUCCUCGGCAAGAACCCCAGCGAAGCCCCUUCUCCAAUGCCAAGCCACCGGGCGUAUCUGGGCCCUGGCAGCACCUCUCCAGUGGAGCUCAUCACCAACUCCACCUCCAUCAGCGGCUACGGCAGCGGUUACCAGACCAACCCCGCUCCUCCCAAAUCUGAGUCAUGAUCCUUUAAACCACCAACCAGAGACUGAGAUGAAAAGACAAGAAGGUCCUAGUGUUGCUCACACCUUAACCCAAAUACGAGAGAAGACACUGAGAUCCUGCUGUAUUCCCUGACUGGACAGCUUCCAUUGGGCCCAAUUAUUCAUAUGGACUACAGAUGCUGGUCUGAAGGUGAAAAAAAAAAAAGUCUGGAGCUUUCAGAUCAGGGUUUAAGGUGACGUAUUUGGUAAGUUAUUUAUGCGUAUAGAUUAAAAAAAAAUGUAAACACUAAGAAAGAUAACAUUCAAGCGAAUGUCGCUCAGGUUAAGGUGUUACCAAUGCUGCUGAACUCCAGACUUCUUACAAAUUGUGCAGGAUAAGAGAGGCCAUGCAAGGAAUUCCAUUCAAACCCCUUUUACAGUUCAUAAAGGCAGACGGCUUGUUAUAAUGAGUCCUCUAGAGGAUAUAAUGCAAGCAUCACUGUUAAAUACAGACCACAUGACAGUAGAGAGAGAGAACUGAUAGCUUGAUUUUGGUUACAGACUGAAGCACAUGUUCAAAGUGUUUCUUGGUUUAUAGAAUUUGCACAUCAACAGUCUGUCACGUCCACAUCUCACCACAGGAGGGCGAUGUAUAUGUAUUCAUAAACCACACACGUACUGUAGUCUCAGUGCAGUAUAUCAAGUAUAUACAGUAUCAGUGUCAGGCUGUUGUUGGAUUUAGAGAUCAUUAUUGGAAAGUUUUAUCUAGAUGUUUUUAUUUUUGUAAUCUAAUCAAACGUCACUGCCUGACAAAAAGUGAAACAGCACAAAAAAACAACGAAUUUAGGAUGCAAUAAGGGUUACGGUUUGAGCAGGGAAAACUCCACCAGGCACAAUAACUUUAAAAUACCACACAAAUAGAACGUUUAACAAUAUUAUUUAAUUUCCAUUUCUGCAAUGGCAAUAAUAGUGAUGAAAUGAGUGGCAUUUACUGCCAUUUGAAGCUUUUUGCUGCAUCCUAGUUCUCAUGCUUCCUGGAGACUAGCAUAUGUGACAAAAUUACAUAUAAUUAUUCCAAGAAAAUCAUAAAGGUUCCAAACAGGGAAGCAUAUAUAUAAACUUAAAGCCACAAAACAUUUAAACGACUAUUAGGUGGUGUUUGUUUGUGUUUUACAGUAUAAAAGCCAAUGAUUAUUUUAACAUAGUGCACAAAAGAAGCAUUUGACCCUUGUUCAACACUGCCUGCUUUUAAACUAGCUAUAAAAUUACAGACACAGAUAAGAUAUGAAUGAAAACUGAAAAUAUAAUGAA